CCAAUCGUCAAUCGAUCUGAAAAAUAAAUAAAUAAAUAAACAAAUAAAUAAAGAAAGAAAGAAGGAAAGAAAGAAAGAAAAAAUCUAAAAUCUGAAAAACAGGCAAACGGCAAACGCAGAGAAGCGAGAGAGAGAGAGAUUGCAAGCAAGCCCCAACGAGGGAAUUAUCAACCAAGAUGAGUUCUGUUUGUCCAUUUGCUAAAGCAACAGAGACUGGUGCUCUCUGUCCUGUGAAGUCUGAGGAGUACAGUGAUACACAUCAGGCAGGGAACACUGACAAUGAUAAGGAGGACAAGAACUCCGUGGCCAUAUCUCCAAAGUGCCCAUUUGGAUACGAUUCUCAUGACAAGGUUAAAAAGGAGGGUGAUUCUGUCACAGUAUCUCCAAAGUGCCCAUUUGGUUUUGAUUCUCGUGACAACAAUAAAAAGGGGGAGGGUGAUUCUGUUGCACUAUCUCCCAAGUGCCCAUUUGGAUAUGAUACUCAAACGUUCAAGUUGGGCCCACUCAGUUGUGUGAUUUGCCAUGCUCUUCUCUUUGAGAGUAGCAAAUGCAUGCCUUGUUCCCAUAAGUUUUGCAAAGCAUGUAUUUCACGCUUUAAUGACUGCCCACUGUGUGGAGCUGACAUAGAGAAGAUUGAGCCUGAUGUGGAUCUUCAGGAAGUUGUUGAUCGCUUCAUUGAGGGUCAUGCUAGAAUUAAGAGGUCACAGGUCAAUUCAGAUUCAAAUGAAACGGGAGGUGAACAUAAAAAUGUGGUAUACGAGGAUGUCUCUUUGGAGAGGGGCGCUUUCCUGGUGCAACAUGCUGUGAGGGCAUUCCAUGCACAGAAUAUUGAAAGCGCCAAAUCACGGCUUAGUCUCUGUGUAGAAGAUAUAAGAGAGCAAUUAGAAAGAAUGGGUAACACCUCAGAGUUAUGCUCACAACUUGGGGCUGUCCUUGGAAUGCUUGGUGACUGCUGUCGAGUGAUGGGCAAUGCUGGUUCUGCAAUUACUUACUAUGAAGAGAGUGUUGAGUUCCUUUCGAAAUUAUCUGUAAAAGAUCUGGAGGUGGCGCACACACUAUCUGUGUCUCUUAAUAAAAUUGGAGAUCUUAAAUACUAUGAUGGAGACCUGCAAGCUGCAAGAUCUUAUUAUUCUCAAUCUUUGGAUGUACGCCGUAAUGCUGCUAAAGAUCAUUCGGAUGUCCCUUCCCAGAUUGUAGAUGUGGCAGUAUCUUUGGCCAAAGUUGCUGAUGUGGACAGGAGCCUGGGCAGUGAGCACACGGCAGCUGAUGGGUUCCAAGAAGCCAUAAAAUGUUUAGAGUCCUUGACAUUGAAUUCUAACGAGACUGCUCUAGAGCAGCGGCGCCUUUCAGUGCUCGAAUUCCUCCAGAAUCAACUUGCAGAACAUCAGGAUUCAGCACCCAUUUCUUCUGUGUGAGAUCUCCUUGACAAGUUGAUUACAGAUAUGUACAUGUGAUAUAAGCAUUAUAUAAGGAGCUACUUAUCAAAGCCAAAGGUAUGCCUGAUAGGGAUUUCACGUUUGCUGCUAGCCAGCUGAUACUGAUUCUAUCUGCCGUUUUCCCCUCGUAUAAAUCUCCAGUUAUCAUAUGCAUAA